AUGCCGAUCCGAAAGGUUUACGCCCGCGAGGUGCUCGACUCCCGCGGCAACCCGACCGUUGAGGUCGAGUUGAUGACGGAGGCCGGCGUUUUCCGCUCCGCUGUGCCUUCCGGCGCGUCGACUGGCGUGCAUGAGGCGUGCGAGCUGCGCGACGGCGACAAGGCGCGCUACUGUGGCGCCGGCUGCACGCAGGCGGUGAAGAACGUGAACGAGAUCCUUGCGCCGGCGCUUGUGGGCAAGGAAGAGUCGGACCAGGCCGGCCUCGACAAGAUGAUGUGUGAGCUGGACGGGACAAAGAACAAGAGCAAGCUCGGCGCAAACGCGAUCCUGGGCUGCUCGAUGGCGAUCAGCAAGGCCGCCGCGGCGAAGGCUGGCGUGCCGCUGUACAGGUACAUCGCGAGUCUCGCCGGGACGAAGGAUAUCCGCCUGCCUGUGCCGUGCUUCAACGUGAUCAACGGUGGCAAGCACGCCGGCAACAUCCUGCCGUUCCAGGAGUUCAUGAUUGCGCCGACGAAGGCGACGUCGUUCCGCGAGGCGCUGCGCAUGGGCUCGGAGGUAUACCACGCGCUCAAGGUGAUCAUCAAGAGCAAGUACGGCCAGGACGCCGUGAACGUCGGCGACGAGGGCGGCUUCGCGCCGCCGAUCAAGCAUAUCGACGAGCCGCUGCCGAUCCUGAUGGAGGCGAUUGAGAAGGCUGGGCACAAGGGCAAGUUCGCGAUCUGCAUGGACUGCGCGGCAAGCGAAGCGUAUGACGCGGAGAGGAAGAUGUACAACCUGACAUUCAAGAACCCCGAGCCGACGUACGUGUCCGCGGCGGAGUUGCAGGCGACCUAUGAGCGCUGGGUCGCGGAGUACCCGCUGGUGUCCAUCGAGGACCCGUUCGCGGAAGACAACUUUGACGAGUUCUCGGCGAUCACGAAGGCACUUGCCGGGAAGGCUCAGAUCGUCGGUGAUGACCUGACGGUGACAAACGUGAAGCGUGUGACGAUGGCGAUCGAGAAGUCUGCGUGCAACUCGCUGCUACUAAAAAUCAACCAGAUCGGCACGAUCAGCGAGUCGAUCGCAGCGGCGAAGCUGUGCAUGGAGAACGGGUGGUCUGUGAUGGUGUCGCACCGUAGCGGCGAGACGGAGGACACGUACAUUGCUGACCUGUCCGUGGGCCUGGGAACCGGCCAGAUCAAGACCGGCGCGCCGUGCCGUGGCGAGCGCACUGCGAAGCUGAACCAGCUGCUGCGCAUCGAGGAGGAGAUCGGGUCCACUGCUACGUACGGCUACCCCGGCUGGGCGUAA